CUUCAGGUUUUCUUUUUUUCUAUUUUUCAGGCAGCGGAGUGAUUGCAUGCAGGAGGACGGAGGGGUUGAGUCGUGCGCUGUCAGAGGGGAAGACUGGAGUUGUUGUCUCUCUCUACCAUUCUCUCUCUGUUUCUCGCUCUGGUCUGCGUCUUCUGCCUGCUCCGUCAGAAUAACAUUAAGACACACAGACACACCUGGGAAGUCUUUGGACACCGUGAACAGAAGGAGAGCGGCUUCUGUUUCCUUUAGCAGACGACCUCUUCACUCCUGUACUGCUCCUCUGCAACAUUAACAAGAUGAAGAACUUUAAGCGACGUUUCUCUCUGUCCGUCCCUCGCACCGAAACCAUAGAGGAGAACGAGUUCACCGAGCAAAUCAACCAGCUCAACAUCCAACACACUCAGGCACUGACUCCAGACAGCCUGACCCUGCCGUCGCUGCACCUUGAGGCCAGUCCCAGUCCAGUGAGCCCUGAGCCAGCCACGACCGGAGCACAGUCCCCCUCCCAGCUCCAGUACCGCAGCAAAGCGCCCCACCGACACUUCUCUAUGGUGGAUGUGAGUAAGCGUAUGUCUCUGCCCAUGGACAUCCGCCUGCCUCCAGAGAUCCUCAAAAAGCUACAGAUGCAGAGAGAAAUGGAGCAUGAGAACAACUCUCCUCCCUGCAAACCCCUCAGCCGCAUGUCUCGCCGUGCUUCACUGUCUGACAUUGGCUUUGGAAAGCUGGAGACGUACGUGAAACUGGGAAAACUGGGAGAGGGGACAUAUGCCACGGUGUUUAAGGGGCGGAGCAAACUGACGGAAAACCUGGUGGCGCUGAAAGAGAUUAGGUUAGAGCACGAGGAGGGAGCGCCCUGUACAGCUAUCAGGGAAGUGUCUCUACUGAAGAACCUAAAACAUGCCAACAUUGUCACGCUGCAUGACAUCAUACACACAGAACGCUCCCUCACUCUAGUCUUUGAGUACCUGGACAGUGAUCUGAAACAGUACCUGGACAACUGUGGAAACCUCAUGUGCAUGAACAAUGUCAAGAUCUUUAUGUUCCAGUUGUUACGUGGUCUGUCCUACUGCCAUAAGAGGAAGAUCCUUCACAGAGACCUCAAACCUCAGAACCUGCUCAUCAACGACAAGGGAGAGCUCAAACUAGCAGACUUCGGUCUGGCCCGGGCCAAGUCUGUGCCAACUAAGACCUACUCCAAUGAGGUGGUGACUCUAUGGUACCGCCCCCCUGAAGUACUGCUGGGUACCACAGAGUACUCUACACCCAUCGACAUGUGGGGCGUGGGAUGUAUUCUAUUUGAGAUGGCGACGGGUCGUCCCAUGUUCCCCGGCUCCACAGUGAAGGAGGAGCUGCACUUAGUCUUCAGACUCAUUGGUACACCAACCGAGGACAGCUGGCCAGGUAUCUCCAAUAAUGAUGAGUUCAGAUCCUACAUGUUCUCCCAGUACAGACCUCAACCACUCAUCAACCACGUGCCCAGGCUGGAUAGUGAGGGGAUUGACAUGCUUACUGCUCUACUCCUGUAUGACACUAGGACCAGAGUCUCGGCUGAAGCAUCUCUUAGACACCCCUACUUCCUCAGCCUGGGAGAGAACAUCCACAGCCUCGUAGACACCUCCUCAGUGUUUUCCCUCAGAGAGAUUCAACUGCAGAAAGACCCAGGCCACCGCAGCUCAGUGUUCCAGCCUCCAGGUCGAGGAAAGAACAGAAGACAGAGCAUAUUCUAAAGGAUGACCAGCCAGAGGGGUGCAGACUGGGAGAGUCUAUUCUAAGAAAGCCUCAAGGAGGAAUCGGAUUUGAAGACAAACACACACCAAUGCCCCCAUACAAACACAAAUACAAACAUGGAGGUCAUAUCCAGAGCCCUAUACUACGAAUGUAGUUUGAGGAGUUAGCGAGGUCUCCUCUGAGUUCAACUUGGGUAACUGGUACCACGAAAGUGUCUCACCUUUUAGCCAGGUACAUGUUUAUGUCAACUAACCCUUCAGAUCUAGCCUGCUCUGGGCCAGUCUAACGAAAAGACAUUUAAGUGUCUGAGCCACGAGUUAAGGACCAAUGAAAUCAGAUUCCCUCUCCCUCAAAGAUUGCAUCAUCCACUUCAUUUGAGGAAGACAACGGAUUAAAUAUUUUAUUAGUCAAAUGUUUGCGUGUAAAAAAUCCAAAUGUUAAAAUACCUAUCACAUUUUAUUAAUGACAAAUGCAUUUAAAACAUCACAACACAGUAAAAAUGUUGUAUGACUUUAUAAAAGUAUUUUAUUGAUGGAGUGGGGAGAAUGUGCUCAUGCAUUGAUAACCACACCAAAGAAAUCAAUCAAAACGUCACUUCUGAAAGUCCAUUUCAAAUAAUAUCCUGCUGAAUUUUGAUUUUGGCACAAAUGAAAAUGUGGCACUGACUUGCCCAUGAAUUGAUGUUUCAACAUUGUCUCAAUGAAGGAUUCGACUAGUCACAUGCACACACAGUUACAACCCUGCUAGGGUUAGCGGCAGGCGGACGAGCAAUAUUGUAGAACGGUUGAAGCCCAAGCUGGAAUUGGAAGCUAACUGAAGCUGGCUAGCUUCAGAAAACAUUGAGUAGAUAGAUCUAGUUUGUAUCGUGGUCAACCUCAAAGGUCUUUCCUGGUUAAAUAAAAGUUAGAUGAACAAACAUAUCUGAUCCUCUCAUGCUCCCAACACCAGAGAAUGGAUACAGACAAGGUUUCUGAGAAUGAGCUUGUCAUAUAAAUUAUACCAUUUAUGGGGAUUUUUUUUAACCAAUUCUCUAUAAAUAGCCUAUAGAAAGAAUAUUAUUACAUUAUAUAAACAGACAAUAAAUGUCUAAAUGAUUGAUUCCUUCAAAAGCUAUGAGUGUUAUAUGAUACAAAAUCACUUGUUGCAUUUGCAACUUGUCAGGGUAUGGCUAUUGAUUGACAGAAUUGUUUGUAUGGAAUGUUGGCAUAUUGACAGUUAAUUUGACAAAAUAUUGGAAUCAUUCCACUUAAAAUGGUUGGCUAGUUAGAUAAACAUACUGUGCAGAUAAUCUUCAAAUUCAUUGUUUUACACAAUAUCUUAUCACAGAACUGGCUUAUCAACUCCCUUGCCAAAAUGGCUGACCUUUUAUACCGUCAUAAGAAGGUUAAUGUCCAUUCUCUGAUGUGCAGUCGGGCAUCAACCAUAAAAUGAAGGUUCAAAACAAUAGUGACGAAAUGUGCAACCCAUGAAUAUUAGCAUUCUACUGUAAUGUUAGUAACACACUGGAUUCCCACUGCUGAUUCUGGGGACUGACCAGGAACUCUCUCCCAUUCUCCUACUCAGGAAGUCCCCUCAGCCCCAUGCAGACAUCCAAGCCAACCAAUCACUCUGCAUGUUUCACUGACCUCUUCUCUUUUCGCCAUUUCUACUUCUCCCUUUCCAUUCCUUCUGUCCAUGCCUACCGUGAAUCUGCUAAAAGCUGUCUGCCCAGCACUUUCACAUCUGAUGAAGUAAAGGAGACAAGGAAAAGAAGCCACUUUAGACUAAUGCGAUGCAGUUAGCUUUACCGCACACGGGAGAAGAAGCCAAUACUCUUAUAGAGCUACCUUUCCAUGUGUCCUUUGCUUUCUCACCCCCAAACUGAAAGAAUUGAAGAGGUGAAAGCAAUAUGGUGGACACUGUCAGUGGUCAUGAAGGAAAGAAGGUGAGAGUGAAGCCAUGUAAAAUCAUUGGGAUCCACUGGGAGAUGGUGAUAUGUGUGUUACACUUUAAAACUUCCCCUCUCUAUUUUAGCAACGCAUGAGGCAGAAGUAUUAUUGUAUGUGUUUUGUUGUGGUAAAUUAAGAUAUUUUAAGUACUGUAAUGAAAAGAAAUAUGUAUUUUAACAGAUGUUUUCAUGUUCUUUCUCAGUGAAUUUUUAUGCCAGAUGAAACAAGAGAAGACUCUAUUAAAUGACUGUAGAUGUCUAAAUGUUUUAUAAAAGACAAGUAUAUUUAGAUUUUGUAUGAAAUGUGAUAUUCUUGUGUGAUUUGUUUACUGCGCUAUCAUUAAAACCAGAAACUGAAUGUAUUGUGACUGCCAAGAAGCCAAAAGUGAUCAAAUAAGAAAUAACAAAUAAAUGAAUACAUUAUAUCACUCUGUAGAACAUU